AUAUUCAGUUAGUCGCAGCUGAGGAGAAGACGUGGUGACAGAAUGAAUUCUGAGACAGCUACAGUAACUGUUCCUGAAGCAGCUGGUGCUCCUGCUCUCACCCCUGGUGUACGAUCGAGGUAUCCUGGGCUUGCUUCUCGGCAACUGCAAUCUAAUGCAGUUCCAGAAAAUAAUAUGGUACAGCCACAUGAGGAUGUCAAAAAACGACUUGUAGAAGCUGCAAAUCAGGAUGUGGAUUUGUGUCAACUUCCUGGGUCACCUAGCAGGAAACGUUCAUCCACGGAAAUAGGAGAGCAGCCACCGCCAAAGAAAACAAAAGCAGAAGUAUUUGAUGAAUUGUUUAGAAAUGAAGAUGUUGAUCUUCAACAUUUACCUCGCAAGGCACCAGUUGUCAUGGAGAAUGUACCUCCAUCACAGUCUCCACCUAUUCCAACAUCAGCAUCGUCUCAGGAUAGUUCAGCGAACACUGCUUCAUCUUUAAAGCAGCCAUCACCUGAGAGAGAAAGUGAGGAGUCUGAAGUCCGCACGGAUGAAUGCAAAUCCAUUAGUGAAGACGAUGGUAAACAGAAUAUUGAACAUGAACUAAAGUCUCGAGGUUGGGCAAAAUAUAAGGAGAAGAAACCAGAUACAUAUAAAUCUCCACUGGGCCCCAUGGGUUGUUCUGGUCGUGACGAACUUGAUCUACAAAAAUCACGUAGUUCGGCUGUAGGGUCCAGUUCGCAACUGAGAGAAAGAGACAUGAUCUAUGGAAAUCCCAGGGACAGAGGAUUGUCAAAUUUUCACAGAAGUACUGGAAAGUUUGAUAAACUUGGACGACCACUUCUUUAUCACAAGUUGCCAGAUGAUACUGGAGAAAAGCAUCGGUCCCUCAGCACUGCAGUUGAAGAGGAUAUGAGGCCAUUUGUAACAUGAACUGCGUUAGGUGGUUCCUCUAUAGAUGCCAGGUUUGGAGACAUCGAUGAGAGAUUGCCAGUACAUCAUAAGCGUAGAAAUCUUACACCUUCAUUG